AUGGACAACUACCCAGCAGAACCAUUAAAAACCCUUAUAGACUCUGGGGCAACCUCCAAUUUUAUCUCCCCAACCAUAGUUGAGAAACUGAAAAUCCCAAAAACCCUACUCAAAAAUCCACAAGUAGUGAGAAUGUUAGAUGCUACCAUAUCUCAGACUGGUUGCAUAUGGCACCAGGUUCAACUCACGGUCUCGGCCAAUGGCCAUCCCCACUCCAUUCCUUUCCUAGUAUGCCCCAUUGGCAACACUCCCGCUAUCCUGGGUAUGACUUGGCUCACCCAAGAAUUGCCACUCAUCAAUUGGACCCUAGGAACUGUGACGUUCCCUGACCAGGCACAGAUAGCUUCAGAGGAGGAAGCAGACCCCAAUCCUUUAUCAGAACUACCCACUCAAUACCACAAGUUUGCCAAGGUGUUCAGAGAAGAGGAAUUCAAAAUGCUUCCCCCACAUCGAGAAUACAACAUCUCCAUCAAUCUGAUCCCUGAUGCCAAGUUAAACCCUGGUCCCAUAUAUGGUAUGACUGACGCGGAAUCCAAGGCACUCAAACAGCACAUUGAGGAGGAAUUGGCCACAGGAAAGAUCCGUCCCAGCACCUCUUCCGCCGGUGCCCCAGUCAUGUUUGUCAAAAAGGCAGAUGGUUCCCUCCGGCUGGUUGUGGAUUAUAGAAAGCUCAACAAUGUCACCCACAAAAAUGUCUAUCCACUGCCAAGACAAGACAAUCUCAUGGCCAAAUUGAGACAUGCCAAGUUGUUCACCAAACUAGACUUGCGUUGGGGUUACAAUAAUGUCCAAAUCAAGGAAGGAGACAAAUGGAAGACGGCUUUUAGGACUAAAUAUGGGCUCUUUGAAUACUUAGUGAUGCCCUUUGGUCUUACAAAUGCCCCAGCCGCCUUCCAACACUUCAUGAACAACCUAUUCAGGGACCUCAUUGACGUUACAGUGAUCAUCUAUUUGGACAACAUCCUAAUCUUUUUGGAGAAACCAGAAGAACACCCUGCCCAUGUGCGGGAAGUCCUAUCCAGACUAAUGGCAAACCAACUCUUCUGUAAACUCUCAAAAUGUCAUUUCCACGUGACCACAGUAGACUACCUUGGCAUUGUAAUUUCCCUGGCAGGAUUUUCCAUGGAUCAAAAGAAGAUUGAGGCGGUCACAUCAUGGCCUACCCCCAAAACAGUCAAACAGGUUCAGGCCUUCCUUGGAUUCGUAAAUUACCUCCGCUGCUUCAUUCCCAACUUUAGUUCAGUGGCACGUCCCCUUCACAACCUUACAAGAAAGGACUCCCCAUGGUCUUGGGGAAAACCGGAAGAAGAAGCCUUUCAAGAACUAAAGUCCCUGGUUACCAGAUCACCAGUACUGAUCCACUCCAACCCCAGCCUACCCUACUACCUUGAAACAGACGCAUCAGGGGUAGCAAUGGGGGCCAUACUCAGUCAACAAGGCACAGACAACCGCUUACAUCCAAUUGCCUACAUGUCCAAAUCAUUCUCAGGAGCAGAAGCAAACUAUGACACCCAUGACAAGGAGCUCCUGGCAAUCAUUAAGGCAUUAGAAGAAUGGCGGAUAUUCCUGGAGGCCACAGACAAACCGGUCCAGGUUUUUACGGACCAUAGAAACCUGGAGUACUGGAUGCAGGCACAAACGUUCAAUUGCAGGCACGCACAAUGGAGGAUCUUCCUGAGCAAUUUCAACUUUGAAAUACAUUAUUGCCCGGGAAAACAGUCAGGGAAACCAGAUGCCCUAUCCAGGAGAUCAGACUAUGUUGACAACCCCCCAGAACCAGAAGUCAUGCUCCCAGCAGAAGUCUUUGCCAAUACCUUGGAAGAAGAAAUGGAAGUUGUCUCCUUAGUUUGGAAUAAACUAAAGGAAGACCCUUCCCUGGAACCCAUUAUCCAGUUUUUAACCAAGGAUGCAGAAAAUGCCCCACCCUCAAUCAGGAAAGCAUAUAGGGACUACAACUGGGAAGAGGACCUCCUGUGGUACCAAGGGAAAUUAGUCAUCCCAGAUACGGAGGACUUAAAGGAACGCCUAUUGCGGGAGUUUCAUGACUCCCCACUAGCAGGUCACCCUGGCCAACAAAGAACCUUAGAGCUAUUGAGCCGCAACUACUGGUGGCCAGGAAUGAAGUCAUCCGCUAAGGAAUGGGUAGAAUGUUGCCCCAUCUGCCAAGCCAAUUGCCGCGCUCACAACCCAGUGAUAGCUUUGAAACCCUUAGAUGUUCCCCCCUUUCUGUUCCAUACCAUCUCCUAUGAUUUUAUCACGGGGUUCCCCAAGUCAGAAGGAUAUGACGCAAUACUGGUGGUUAUAGACUCAUUCUCCAAAUUUGGUCACUUCAUCCCAACCACAAAAAAGGUGUUGGCCAAAGGUCUGGCUAAUCUCUUUGUCACCCACAUUUGGAAACUCCACGGACUCCCUGUUAGAACCAUAUUGGACCAAGGAACAACAUUCACUGGGAAGUUCCUCAGAGCUCUUUACCAAAGGCUGGGAAUCCAACCAUCCUUCUCCUUGGCUUAUCACCCCAAAUCAGACGGACAAACCGAGCGCGUCAACCAGUUCAUUGAGUACUACCUGAGAUCUUAUGUAGCAGCAGACCACUUGGAUUGGGUCAGAUGGUUGCCACUUGCGGAAUACGCUUACAACAACGCUAAACACGCUGCAACCGGAAAAACCCCCUUUGAACUAGUCUAUGGAAGAAAUCCCAUAAUGAAUCCAUCAACCGUGCCGGCCAAUGUGCCAGAAGCAGAUUUGGUAGCCAAUACCCUGGCCCAGGAAUGGCAAGAGGCAGAGUCAGCGCUCAGAAUGACUAAGGAACGCAUGACAAGACCAAAAGGAAUAAUACCGGAGUACUCCAUAGGCAAGGAAGUCUGGCUUGAUGGAAAAAAUGUAGGACUUAGAACAAACUCUAACAAACUGGACCCCAAGCGACUAGGGCCAUUCAAAGUCACAGAAAAAAUAUCAAGUCACGCCUACCGCCUAAAGCUCCCAGAAACCCUAAAAAUCCAUGAUGUGUUCUAUGUAGGACUACUAUCCAAAGCACACAAAUCCCCCAAUCAACCAUUUCCAGAAAGACCCCCUCCUGAAACAAUAGAAGGGGAAGAGGAGUACAAGGUUGAGCAAAUCAUUGACUCCAAGCAACAACAGGGAAAAUGGUUUUACCUAAUUAAAUGGAAGGGUUAUGGUCCAGAAGAUAAUUCCUGGGAACCGGAAGAACUCCUAGAACACAGCCAAGAGGAGAUUCAACGCUUCAACAGGUCACAACUGAAAAAGGCUUGUGACUCCGCCAAGAGCCUUUAA